UACAUUAGCUCAACCUAGUCCUCACAAUAUUAUCAUGUUACGUAGAAGAAAAGUAAAUUUAAAAGUUAUUAAAGAGCUAGAUGGCUUUCCGAAAGUGCCUGACACUUACGUCAAACAAUCGGUUGUUGGUGGGACGUUUUCAGUACUGAGCUUCUGUCUGAUGGUAUACGUGGCUUUUGCCGAGACCCAAUAUUAUCUAGAUAGCCGCCUCCAGUUUAAAUUUGAGCCUGAUAAUGACUCGAUAGAUGCAAAAUUGAAAGUAAAUAUCGAUAUAACAGUGGCAAUGCCAUGUAGUCGUGUAGGCGCCGAUAUACUGGAUUCAACUAAUCAGAACUUGAUGGGAUUUGGUACAUUAGAAGAAGAAGAUACAUGGUGGGAGCUCAGUCCAGAUCAGCGCUCUCAUUUUGAUUCGCUGAAGUAUAUGAAUUCAUAUCUCCGAGAAGAAUAUCAUGCUCUGCACGAGCUGCUAUGGAAAUCCAAUCAGCUAACUUUUUCUAGUGAAAUGCCUAAGAGAACUAGUUAUCCCAACCACACUCCAGAUGCUUGUCGCAUUUAUGGCAGUCUAGAUGUUAAUAAGGUUGCUGGAAAUUUUCAUGUCACUGCAGGAAAGUCUUUGUCAUUGCCAAGAGGCCACGUUCAUAUAUCAGCAUUCAUGUCCGAACACGAUUAUAAUUUUACUCACAGAAUCAAUAGGUUUUCUUUUGGGGAACCAAGUCCUGGUGUCAUACAUCCGCUUGAGGGAGAUGAGAAAGUUGCUGACCACAACAUGAUGCUGUACCAAUACUUUGUGGAGGUCGUUCCAACUGAUGUCAGAUCUUUAUUGCGGACAUACCAAACUUACCAAUAUAGUGUGAAAGAUCAUCAGAGGCCUGUUGAUCAUCACAAGGGAUCCCACGGGAUACCAGGAAUUUUUUUCAAGUAUGACAUGAGUGCUCUCAAAGUCAAAGUCACCCAACAAAGAGAUUCAGUAUUCAGAUUUUUAGUUAAACUCUGUGCCACAGUUGGCGGUGUGUUUGUAACUAAUGGACUAUUAAAUAGUAUAGUGCAGGUGAUAUGGUACCUUGUCACAUGCAAAUUUCUCACCCGAGAAGAUCUACGAGAUGAUAAUCAAAAAGUGACUGUCUCAUCAUCCGUGGCUAAAGAACAGUCUCAAAAUUCCGUAGAUCUACUUGCGGAAAUGCCUUCACCAACUGUAGAUGUUCAAAUUAGUUCACAAUUACAGUGAAUACUUGAAAUCUAUUUAUAGUAAUUUAUCGAUUUUGGCAAUAGUAAAUUUUGUGUAUUAUGACUCUCAGUCUGGCCUAUCAGUUAGGUGAUUCAACAGACAAAUGAUAAACGUAAACUAAGUUCAUGACA